UUUAUGUGUGUGUAUGUAUGUAUGAGUGAGUGCGUGCGUGCUAGUGUCCGUGUUCUCGCGCUUGUGUGUUUCUGGUUGCAAGUGAGCGUGUUCUUGUGACAUUGAUGAUAUCCGGUCCGGGUGGAGAUUACUGGUAACCUUUUUCUGUCCCGCUGGCAGGCCUACCACGUGACCGCUCGGGUCCUGAUGCUGCUGUCACCAGGGGUUAUGUGCAAGAAGCUCAUUGGGGCCACGUGCAAGUCGCGUAAACGGGCGCGUAGCCGCCGUCGUUGAACCCCCCCACCUCCCCUUUUCUCUGCCAGUGAAAAGCCCCGCUUCGCUAGGGCAGGCCGAGGUAGCAGCUCGCAGCUCGGCUGUGAAACACGGAAACUCGUGCGGCAGAUUAAAACGAUGUAGGCUCCAGCGAGGACGGAGGAGAGGAGGACACACACAACCCGAGCGGGACGUUGAGAUUAUCGAAUUGUGGCGUUGCGUAGUUUUAGGGAUUUCUUUUAAAUGGGAAAUCUGAUGGGCAGUUGGCGUUACAAGGAGCCGAGCACAGUGGAGGAAUGCGACUCGACGUGGGGGUCGGACUCGGAGAGCGACGACCCGCCGGUGGAGGCUGCAGAAGGCAGCGGCAUCUCCGGGUCUGUCGGUCCGGCCGAGAUGGGUCGAUGCUCGGUCGACCCCGGCGACAUGUCCCUGCAGCUGUCAGAAUCUCCACAGUCCGCCCCGAAAAUGAAGAGGAGCUUCUACGCUGCCAGAGAUCUAUACAAGUACCGACACAGCUACCCGAACUACAAAGAGUCCAGGCAGCCGAGUGAAUUCCGCAACCUGCGCUUUUACCUGAACAAGAUCCCUCUGAUUCCAGAUGGCAUCUACAUAGAGGAGAUUCUCACAAAGUGGAGAGGAGACUACGAUAAACUGGAGCACAACCACAAUUACAUCCAGUGGCUUUUCCCGUUAAGGGAACAAGGGCUUAACCUCUACGCACAAGAACUGACUCAGGACGAGAUCAAAGAAUUCCAAACUACUCGAGAAGCCAAGCGGCGUUUCUUAGCGGCCUACGCGCUGAUGCUGGAAUUCUACGGCGUGCGGUUACUGGAUAAGAGCGGCAGCGUUGCCCGCGGUCCCAACUGGCAGGACCGUUUCCAGCACCUCAACGAGUCGCAGCACAACUAUCUCCGCAUCACGCGCAUCCUCAAGUCCCUGGGCGAGCUGGGCUACGAGGCCCUCAAGGGCCCGCUGGUGCGGCUGAUGCUGGAGGAGUCGCUGCUCCACGCCACCCUGCCCAACAUGCAGCACAGCGCGCUGGAAUACUACGUCUACACCAUCCGCCGGCCGGCCACGCGCCGACAGCUCCUACGCUUCGCCCGGCAGCACUACCGGCCCGCCCACGCCUUCCUGUGGGGGCCGCAGCCCAAGAGGCGCGGGGGGGCAGCAGGGGGCGGAGGGGGAGGGGGUGGAGACGACGACGACGACGACGACGAUGACGGAGGCGCCGGGAGCAGCGGGAUUCGGGCGCCCGCCCCGACGCCGGAGCACCGCAGAGGGGCCGGGGACGCGGGCGCCGACUGUAUGCCGCCGUUUUCCCGCCCUCCCAGCCUGCUGGCCGGCCUCGAGGGCGUGGGGGAGGAGGGGAAGGGCUGGGACCACGGUGGUGGUGGUGGCGGUGGUGGCGGUGGUGGUGGGGUGGUGGGGGUGGAGGUGGUGGUCCGGCUGGAAUGGAGUCAGGGCGUCGGUGUGUUGAAACGAGGGGCUGGGGGGAGGGGGCUGAGGCGUGACACUCUCCCCACCCCCCUGCCACUAGUCUUGUUUCCGCAUUGAAAGGUGUGUGUGUGUGUUUGUGUGUUGGUAGUGGGAGUGAAGAGAGAGAUAUGGAGAGAGAUAGAGAUAUUAUGAGAGGGAUAGAGAGAGAAAGGAGUGAGAGAGAUAGAAAGAGAGAGAGAAAGAGUUAGAGAAUGAUCAUCUGAGCCAAACAACAAUUAUCUUUGCCCCAGUAAAUGUCCUCUUCCCCCACAAAUACCUUUUUAGUGGUGCUCUUGAUCUUGAUAGAUCCAGAAGUAUAGUCUCUCUCGGAGAGAGAAUACCAUCCCACUUGGAACGGGGAGACAAAUUGCCUUCUUUUUUCGUCCUUUAUAUUUAUUUAGGGGCGGAGGCGGAGGUAUCAUUCAGGUCCAGAUCGGAGGCAGAACCUCUGAAAUGAAUGCCAAGACACUUGUUGGUGGUUCACUGCACCGGGGAAACCACAAGCUGUUUUAGAGAAAUGCGGUGGGUGGGGGAGUAGGAAGGCUAAACAAUAUCCUUAAAUGCAGGCACUAACAUUUGUUUAAUUAUGUGAAGGAUGCAAUAGACAAUAGACGCGUCGUUUAUCUUAUUUUCAACUUUUCGGUUUGGUUUAUCAAAGCAAUAUCUGUGAAAGAUAGUGAAUACCGUUUGACUUAAAGUCUGUAUGUUGUGUAGCGAGGCCUAGAUGCUGGUAGCAGACACAAUCCCCUGGUGAUCUCCACGGUAUCCUCUCAGCGCGGCUGUGUUUUUCAGCUGUAGGGUCAAGAGGAGCUUGGUACUUGCUCAGCGGUGCGUGUGGUAUCAGGUGAACGCGGUCCUUUCAUGUGAACUGCACACCAAGCAGUUUGCUCAGUGUGCAUGGUACUGUAUUAACUGUGUCGCACCUUUUGACAAUCUCUUUGUCUUCCUGCUCAAAGCGCUGUGUCCGAUCUUUCUCCUAUUUUUGCAGGCCUUCGUACCUAGGAUUCAAACUCUCCCGCAUAGAGAUAUCGCUGGUUUCAUAGGCAAUGUGUGGAAAAUAUUAUCUUUAUGUUUUUCAAAAUGUUUAUUAAUUAUUUUCUUUGUCAGAGCACAAAUUUGUCCUUAAAAAAGUGAAGAUUAAGGUAAUUUGAAAGGGAAAAGUAAUAUCAGUAAUGUAAUUAAUGUCUUAACCCUUUGUGGCCAAUAUCCUAACAUGUGAUGCCAUUCUCAACAGUGCCACGAAUUUAAAUAAGGUCUAUCUUUCUGGGACCUGUAAGCAUAAACAAACAUGUAUCCGUUUUCUCAAUUGGCCGUUCUAUUAAAGUGUAAUUUCAGCGGAAAUUGAACCCAGGGUAUUUUUCGGCAUGAAGACACAUAAAAUAAGCCAAACCUCGGCAGUAGCAUGGCUAGGGUCCCUACACAUAAUACAAAGCAUCAACAAAUUAGUUAGAGUACCGGGAGUUUAUUCAAAAAGACUGUGUUCAAGAUCUGUGCCUUACCGGUAGGGCCAUGUGUCCAAGAAGUCGAUUACCGGCUACUGUAAAUAAUAUAAUAGAGGCGCAAAAAUGUAUAACAGCCAAGUAUCAAGAGGGUUAAUUUUUUGGCUAAUCUAUUAUAUUAUUUACGGUAGCAGGUGUUCGACUUGUGUGGACCUCCUGGAAACAUGGCCCUACAGGUAAGGCACAGACCUGGAAACAGUCUUUUGCGUAGGGACCCUAAGCAUGCUACUGCAGAGGUUUGGUGCUAUUUUGAGCAAUAUUAGUGGUUAAAAAUGUUCGAUUUGGAAGCAUUCACACUGCCGCUAGCCAAUAACAUGGAAGGCAUUUGGGCUGUAACAUUGAUCCUGGCAUUCGGGGCAAGCUCUAUAAUCGAUUAUCAACGAAAAAAAGCUUAUCUUAUGAUUCUUCAUGCCGAAAAAGACCCUUGGUUAAAUUUCCACCCGGAAUUACACUUUAAGAAGUGGCUCAUUAAUCAUUAAUCUAUCCAUGCAUAACCUAGACUUUUUUUUUUGGCUUUGAUUGUACAAACAUGCAUGUAUGCACACCACUGGGGUUGUAUGUAUGCAUAUACAUACACACAUUACCAUAUAUAUCCUAGUAUAUACACACAUACACAAACACAAUAUAUAUGAUGUGUUUUUUAGAAUCCAACAACAAAAGACCAGGGCAGGACGUUCCAUGUAAUCCUGGUAACAGUAGCCUUCGGUUAACAUUUUUCCUACCAGGACGUGUGAAUGGCUUGGUUUUUACUGUACAUUUGUAUCAUAAAAUGCACAGCCAGAACUGUUUCAGUUGUAUUGCAGCCUUACAACUCAGUAGUUUGGGCUGCGUUCCUAGCUAGUGACAAAAGUGUGCUUUAAAGAAUUUGUGUGUGUGAUUUUUUUUUACUUGCUAGUUUUUUUUUUCCUGGUUCAAAUUGCUGUACUUGAAAUUGAAAAUACAAGCCAUGCAAGGUGCAAGACACAAGGGUUGUCCAUGCUGUUAAAAAGGGAGAUUUUGACCCUCAGUCUCCUUGAAUGGGCACUGUCUCUAACAUAAUUGUAAAGUGAUCUUUUCAGGUAUAUGAUGUGCAACAUGAGCUCUGUUGUAUGAUGUAUUGUUGUAAUAUAGUGAUUGUGGGUAUGGGUUAGAGUAUGUAUAUGAAGUGCCUCUUUUGUAUUUUUUAACCGUUUAUUUGUAUGCGGAAUAAGAAAAACAAUAACAACAACAACAACAACACGUAUGUGUGUGUGUGUGUGUGUGUGUGUGUGUGUGUGUGUGUGUGUGUGUAUGUGUGUGUGUUUGUGGGUGUUUGUCCAGAUGAACGACGUAUAUAUUUACAAAUUUGAUUGGCCAAUUAGAGCAUACUAAUUGGGCAACAAAAUGUGAACUCAAUGCAAUCCGUUUUUUAACUGGAAUAUGUAUUCGAAUUUGUAUUAUUUUUAAAGAUUGUUUAGAUAAAGAGCAUUAUGCACAUGUCUAUUGGAUACAUGCAUAUUGUAAAUUCCACUGUUUGGCUGGUCAUUUACACUUGUUCUCAGAUUCUGGCAACAAUAGUUUGGUGAAGCCAAAUUGUGAAAUGUGUUGGCCACAACACUAAUAUUUAAUUUCUGUCAAAUAUAUAAUAGUAUGCUAAAUUAUGAUUAUUCAUAAUAAAUAAAUGAAACAAAACCGGGUGCAAAACAACAUUUAACAAUGAGAACACAAUUUCAAUAUUAUGCAACUGUAACUAAAGUAAAUAAAUAAAAAACAAGGUUUGUCAGACCACA